ACGGUGCUUUAUCACACAUCUUUAGUUUAUAUAUUUUUGUAUCAUAUUAUAUUUUCUAAAUGAAUAAAUACAGUUCUUGUUAACCCGGAUGUGUAAACUUUCUACUUCCGCCGACUUGGUGAGCCCAUUCAGCGAAGAUGGCGAGCGGAGGGGUCUCGGUGGCUUCGCUAUGGACCGAAGUAAACCGCUGCGGGCAGAAUGGAGACUUUACAAGAGCCCUGAAAGCUCUGACUAAAAUUCUGCAUGAAAACAGGGACGAUGUGACGGCCCUCCACUGUAAAAUAGUUUGCCUUGUUCAGAAUGGCAGCUUCAAAGAGGCGUUGAAUGUCAUGAACACCCACUCAAAGUUGCUCGGCAGUGAUGUUGUGUUUGAGAAGGCAUACUGCGAGUACCGGCUUAACAGAGUCGAAAGCGCCCUGAAGACCAUUGAAAGUGCUCCUGAACAAACGGACAAGCUGAAGGAGCUCUAUGGUCAAGUGUUGUACAGACUAGAGCGGUACGAUGACUGCAAGUCCGUCUACACAGACCUGAUCAGGAACUCUCAGGAUGAGUACGAGGAGGAGAGGAAGACCAACCUUGCUGCUGUGGUGGCUUCUAUGAGUCAGUGGGAAGAAGUUCCGUUGGAAGAUUUAGGUCUUCCCGAGUCCACAUAUGAGCUGUGCUACAAUGCUGCCUGCGCCCUGAUUGGCCAUGGACAACUCACAGAGGCCCUCAAUAAACUACGACAAGCAGAGGAGCUUUGCAGAGUCUCUUUGGCAGAUGAUUCUGAUGUGACUGAGGAGGACAUUGAGUCAGAGCUGGCCGUCAUCCAUUCUCAGAUGGCGUACAUCAUGCAGUUACAAGGUCGGACAGACGAGGCUCUGCAGCUUUACAACCAGGUCAUCAAGCUCAAGCCAUCGGAUGUGGGGCUGCUUGCUGUGACUGCCAACAAUAUCAUUACAAUAAACAAGGACCAAAACGUGUUCGACUCAAAGAAAAAGGUGAAACUGACGAACGCUGAAGGUGUUGAAUACAAGCUGGCGAAGAAGCAGCUGCAGGCCAUCGACUUCAACAAAGCCCUCCUGGCCAUGUACACUAACCAGGCUGACCAGUGCAGGAAACUGUCAUCCAGUCUUCAGUCUCAGAAUCCGGGUCACCCGCGGCCGGUCCUCAUCCAGGUUGCUCAACUGUGCAGAGAGAAGCAGCACAGCAGAGCCAUCGAGCUGCUCCAGCAAUUCUCAGACCAGCAUCCUGAGAGUGCAUCUGGCAUUAAACUCACAAUGGCACAACUCUAUUUAAUACAAGGUCACGUAACAAAAGCUUGUGAUGUUCUAAGGUCCAUUGAAGAGUUCAAGCACAAAUCAGGGAUGAUUUCAGCUUUGGUAACGAUGUACUCCCAUGAAGAAGACAUCGACAGCGCUAUUGAGGUUUUCAAACAAGCUAUUGAGCACUACCAGUCUGAACAGCCAGGAUCUGCUGCACACUUGGCGCUUGUACGAGAAGCUGCCAAUUUCAAACUGAAGUACGGACGGAAAAAAGAAGCUAUUAGUGAUCUGGAGCAGCUGUGGAAACAAAACACCAACGACAUCCACACACUGGCACAACUCAUCUCGGCGUAUUCUCUGGUGGACACGGAUAAAGCCAAAUCCCUCAGCAAGCACCUGCCAUCUGCAGACACAAUGGCCUUCAAUGUGGACGUGGAUGAGCUGGAGAACUCCCACGGAGCAACUUAUGUCAGGAAAAAGGCUGCUAAGGUCACCGGAGAAAACCUUCCCAAAGAACAAAGCCAAGGCGAGAUCAAAAAGAAGAGGAAGAAGAAGAGAGGCAAACUGCCCAAAAACUAUGACCCCAAAGCAAACCCUGACCUUGAGAGGUGGCUGCCCAUGAGGGAGCGCUCCUACUACAGAGGCAAGAAGAAGGGAAAGAAGAAGGAGCAGAUAGGAAAAGGCACGCAGGGAGCGACCGCAGGAGCAACGGCCGAGCUAGAUGCCAGCAAGACAGCCACCAGCCCCCCUACCUCCCCCAGACCCGGCUCUGCAUCCGGCUCAACUACAGCCCCCGCCAGCAACGUGGUCCCCCCACGACAGCAGAAACCUGCAGCCUCGGGGGCCACACGCAAGAAGGCACCACAGAAAAAGAAGAAGGGAGGCAAAGGAGGCUGGUAGUCAGAGAGGGAAGCGACACACGAGGCAGCGGGGCCACGGGACUCUUUGAUGUCUCACCAAGAAAUCAUAAGCUUUUCUCUUUUUUAUGCUUCACGUUAAAUUUUACUUUUAUUCUGGCCAUUCGUUUAAAAAUGUGAAACCAAAAGCUCCCCUCUGCUCUUCUGUUAUUAAUUUGUGGUGGUAAAAGUACAGAAGAGAGGGUAUUUAAAGGACAGUUCCACUGAAAUGUACUUUCUGUUGCUCUGCAAAACGGAUGUCCUAAAAUGUUUCUGUUUUUACUUGUGACCUUCUGAGGUCAAAGUAAAAUUACUUUGAACUUUAAAACUACAAAUAUAGCCUCAUUAUGUCUUUUUUUUUUUAAAUGACUCACAUUUGCAGACACACUGCGUUCACAAAUAUCUGUAAAUGUCUUUAAUAAAAUGUGACAAUAGAUUGUUUGGUAGAUCCAACUAACCACUAUAUAAUGGUGUUUCAGUUAAAUCAUUAAAAUAAUGUCCGUCCACA